CGCGGGCUCUUUCUAUUUCUUUCUCGCUGCUGUGGGAGCGCGAGCGCGGUUCGGAGCGGCUGCUGUGUUCCGCUGAGCGGCGCGUGGCGAGUUGCACAGCGAUUUGCUUUCUUGUGCGCGCGCGCAAAGUCACGAGCGCCGUGUGUGAAGCCGCGUGGAGCAGGUUAUGAGAGAAGCAUGGAGUUCCCAGACCAUAGCCGCCACUUGCUGCAGUGCCUGAGUCAGCAGCGUCACCAGGGCUUCCUGUGCGACUGUACGGUGCUGGUUGGUGCAGCGCGGUUCCGUGCGCACCGGGCCGUGUUGGCGUCGUGCAGCAUGUACUUCCAUCUUUUCUAUCGGGACCAGCUGGACACCCAUGACGUGGUGCGAUUGAACAGUGACAUCGUGACCGCACCGGCAUUCAGCUUGCUCCUAGAGUUCAUGUACGAGGGUAAGCUCGAGUUUAGUACGCUGCCGGUGGAGGACGUGCUGGCCGCCGCUAGUUACCUGCAUAUGUAUGACAUUGUCAAAGUGUGCAAGGGAAGACUGAAAGAAAAGGAGCUGUCCUGCCUGGAUGAGAAACUUGUUGACAGUGUGAGUCUGAGCUGCCUGGACAGAGAGAGCUUGUCUGACAGGGAGAUAGAGCCCAGCAAAAUCCCCCUGAGAGGCCAAAUGGCAGAUGACAUGGACAUGGAUGACAUCACAGAUUGCAAUAGGCCGGCACUGGCAAGGCAGAAGGCUAACGGUCACCUCGGCGGGUCUCCGGACCUUGUAGGUGUCAAUUAUGUGUCAGCCGAGGCCGAGGCCCGUGUGCGAACAGCUGGAAAAACGAAUGUGGACGUCAGCGGUGCGUCCCAAAGGUCCCGGGCGCCCGAUGACACGGACAGUGCGCUGGACUUGUCUUUGAAGGCGCUGUCGGGCAGAGAUGUGGGACAGCUGGCCCUCGACAGGCAGCAGCAGGGCAUAGAGAUGCACGCUCGAGACGAACACGGCACACUGUCAGUGAAGGAGGAGGGCGGGGGUGCCAGCUUUGGGAAUAGUGUGCCCAUGACAGGGUUCGAUGCCCUCUUUCGGGGCAAAAAUGGCACUCUGCUGCCCCCGGAGGAGCACCUGAUGAUGGAAGAUGACGAGGAGGAGGUGGUGGGGUUGGACGCUGAUGAAGAGGAGGAGGGGAUGGGAGGAAGGGUGGGGGUUUUAGUGGCACAAAGGGAACGUAGCCACAGCCGAGAGGGGAGCGAGGAGGCUCGAGGGAGAGGAGAAGUACACAGUGAGGAGGAAGAGGAUGACGAUGAGCUGGCCUCCACAGACAUCAGUGCACUCCUGCCACCAACAGGCACUGUUCCAGUCUGUGUGUGCCCUCUGUGCAGCAAGGCGUUCCCAACACCACAUGCCCUGCAGCCACACCUGAGCUCGCACUUCCGUGAGCGGGAGGGCGCACGCACCAAGCUCUCACCCGACACCUCAGUGCCCACAUGUGCUCAGUGUGGCAAGACCUUCUCGUGCGCAUACACAUUAAAGCGGCACGAGCGCACACACUCGGGCGAGAAGCCCUACACGUGUGCCACGUGCGGCAAGAGCUUCCAAUACUCGCACAACCUGAGUAGGCACGCCGUGGUGCACACACGUGAGAAACCUCACGCCUGCAAGUGGUGCGAGCGCCGCUUCACACAGUCAGGAGACCUGUAUCGCCAUAUCCGCAAGUUCCACUGCGCCCUCGUCAAGACCCUCUCUAUUGGAUAAGCACACUCCUUUUCUACUCGCAGAGCCUGUUUCUGACCUACAUAUGAAGUACUUAAGCACAGAGGGAUGUCCUUCUCUAAAGCCACAGUGGAUUUUGGUGACUAUGCACUCGAUGUUACAACUAAAAUAUCGGAUUCAGUAUUUUGCUGUAUUUUAAUGCACAGUUUAGGACUAUAGGUCCUAUCGGAGUCCCUCCACUCAGUGGAGAAGUAUCAAGUGAAGGUUUUUGAUGCGCUUGAUCAGUCCCUGGCAGCGUCAUCUGAAGUUAAAUGAGUUUUGUUUUGUUUUUUUGUCAUGUCGUAUCACAAAUGGUAUAAGUUUUGAAGAAAUUGUAUUGUACUGAAUGGAUGAAACAUUGUACUGAACAACUGAAACUUGUGGUUAAGUUAUACCUGCAAAAUAAUUGAAUCAUAGCUUCGUAAUUUACAGAUUUUUGAUUUCUGUUCAGGUUUAAGUCCUAACUGCUGAAUCCAGAAUGGCAGAGAAGUUGGUAAUGAUUUGGCUUUCACUUCUUUAUCACUAAUGGGGAAACAGGGGCAUGUGUUUCCUCUUGAAUUGGAAACAGUUUCUGAAGUAAUAAAAUGAAUGCAUCGGUCAUUUGUAAGGGCAAAUACUACCUUUUUAUUUUAACUAUUGCAGGUUUUUUUCUGCAAGAACUCGAAUGAAAUGGCUUUUUUUUUUUGAGAAGCUGAAUGAGGUGAAACACUGGAUGAAACUCAAAUAACCCACUUUUUAUUCAUUAGCUAGCAUUGUGUUCAUUUUGGUGGGUUUUUAUUAAUCCUAUUUAACUGAAAACACUAACAAUUAAAAAAUUUUUUCUAAUGGAACGUGAAUGUUGGAGCGUUUAUAUAUUUUUACUUAACUUUAUCCUUUCUUCCUACCUAACAUUUUUGAGUUGGCAGUUUUGGUUCAGGUUUUUUUUCCCCCCCCUUGUUGUUGUUGUGCUUUUUUUUUUUUUUAAAUAGUUAUAAUGACAAGAGGCACUAAAAGUCCACAUAAUCCUGUUUCAUUUUUCCUGAGAAAACUUGAUUAGAAUUAUUUAUUAGUUCUGUCGGUUCAGGGUUUCCUGUAAACAUCUGACAGUUGUGUUAGGUCCUAAUAUGUCAUAUGGGUACUGUUUUGGCUACACUGAAUGGAUUGAUUGUAAAAUCAGUUGCUGUAUUUCGGUUUAUCAUUUCACUGUAACUUGUGUAGAUAAGCCAUUUGAAUCACUGUCAAGAAUUGACUCUAGACAUGAUAAGACGCACUUGCUUUGUGCAUACAUAGACUGUACAUACAUACAUACACUGAUAUUCUGUAGGCUGCUAUUUCUAACUGUAUAUUUAUUGUAAAUAUGCAUUUUAUUUAUCUUUGUUUUCUUGACGACAUCUGGAAUCUCUCAGAUCUCUUGACUUUCGAAGUUGACGUCUUCCCUUGUUUUGUUGGUCUGUUUAAAGCCUGUAAUGCUGUAACACUGGGACAGAUGUAGCAGAUUCAGAAGCACAAUGUCACCAAGACUUGCAAUAGAUGAAGUCCGACAAUAAUGAUAGUUAAAAAAAAACAACAGGUAUUUAUUUAGGGAGUAACACAUCACAUUCUGAAAUGUUACAAACAAGUUUUUUAGUGUAAUAUUUCCUGUAAAAACAAAAGAGAGAGAAAGACAAACAUUAGGGUCGUUAAGGAUCUGAGCAAAGACGUGUGACUGUCACUGACUAGAUUACACUCUAAAAGCGUUUCGUUUUUGUUGCACAUUUGUUGGGCAGCUGUUUAAAAAGCGUCUCUGAAUUCAUCGAAGGGUCUUCAGCUGAAAUUUUCUGUGGAACACUGGAAAUUAGUAGAACUUACAUGAACAACUCUUAUUACAGAACGUUUUCCGAGAAUGUUGUAAUUCUAUUACUAAGCAGAACUGGAAAGUAGGUCUUUAUCUGAUGGUCUGUUUGAUGCAGCUAAUACUGACAAAUUGUAGGUGCUUUAUUUGAAGUGUGUGUGUGUGUGUGUGUGUGUGUGUGUGUGUGUGUGUGUGUGUGUUGAUGAGAAUCUGACUCCACUGAGGUUCAUACAGUAUGUUGAAGUAAUAUGCAUCGACUUGAUCUACACGGUAUGUGCCUUGUUGAUACACAUUAAUCCAACAGCAAAUUCAUUCACAUUACUAUUGGGCAUUAUUGUGGGCCUGUAAUUAUUCAAUCUGCACAAGCUGAAUGUUACUAAUGGAAAAAAGCAGCAUAAGGUGGUAACAUUGUGUUUGUGUUUGGUUCUCAUGUAUAAACUGAAGGUACGAUAAAUGUGUUUUUAUGAUAUAAAAUAUCACACCAUGUUAAAAGAACAGAAUAUUAUAAUAUUAGGCUGUGUAUAGUACAUAGAGGAAACAGGUGCAUUAUACUUGAAGUAACUUCCUGUUCGGAUGCGGCCAUGUGAUCAGCAGUGAGCCGAUAUUUUAAUCUCGUACAACCAGCAGGAGUGUAAUCGUGGAUAAUACAAGCACCAGUAAUAAUUCUUUAAGAUGUGCUUGGAUUUGAAAAAUCGAGCCAUUACUUAAGGCACAGAUAUGCUUUUCUUCAACAAAAGUGUGUAUGUAAGCAUCAGUACUGGAAUAUCGUCUUCUAAGGUUCAGACUGUGAAACUGUAUAAUCAUAAGAGUUAUUUAUUGAUUUCUUUCUUGUGCAAAUAUUUUACUGAGUUUGACUUAAGUAAUAAAAGAUGCUACUAAACGGAGAACAUUUUGAAUAGACUUUGUAGAAGUGCCAUUAGAUUUAAUAUAAUUUUUUGAUAAGAAACAUAUAUUUUAUAGGAAACAGAUGCGUUGAUGUUAGUGCUCUAGUGAAUGUAGGUGACAAUCUAUUUGAUUUAAAAAGCUUGUUGGAUUUUUUUUUUUUGACAGAUUAACGCUGUUAUGUUCCGACUUGGAAUUUGUUUGUGCUUUUUAUUUGCCGCUUUUGACGUGUACCCGUGUGUGUGCUGUGGAAAAAGUGACAAUCUUGAGCUAGGACUUUUAUUUCGAUUCUGUAUAGAUUAA